AUGGCUCAUCGAUUUGGGGCCCCAAUCUGGAAACGGCUACGGGCCGAGACGGGGCGCUCCGUAAUCUGGGAUGACUCCUACAUUCGCGCUGCGCUAACAUUAACCAAAUUAAUCAACACCGAACACACUUUAACUCCCAAGACACUGGGGAGAAUCCCUAAAAUCAGACAUUCCUCUGAAUACGCUGUGAUGAUCGACAUCGAGGUUGAAUACGCUCUUAAGGCGUACUGCGCUCCUAAAGCUUAA